ACGUUUACAAGUCUAGUCUUUACGAUACUGUCCGCGCCAAAUGAAUGACCCGUCCUGGUUCAAUCCAUUUUCUAAUUUUUUGAUUCCUCCUUUAUCCUCUUAAUUCUCGUUUCGAUUAAAGAACAUUUUUGUGAAAAUGAUUCCGAACUGCAUCAGAAAUAUAGGGGUGCAAACCUCGAAGCGAAACUUCGGAAGUUGGAAUGAGGUGGUAUCUUAUUUCUUCAACAAAAAGAACAAUUAUGCCACAGAAGCUUCAUUUGAAACAAAACCUUUUCGAUUACACAAACUGGAUAGUGGUCCAUCUACUCAUGUUACUGUCACUAGAGACGAAGCUAUCGAUUUGUACAAAAAAUUACAUACAAUUCGUCGUAUGGAAACAGCAGCAGGAAAUCUGUAUAAAGAAAAAAUUGUUAGAGGUUUUUGCCAUUUAUACUCUGGCCAGGAAGCUUGUGCUGUUGGUAUAAAAGCAUCUCUUCGACCGCAAGAUGCUGUAAUCACGGCCUACCGUGCUCAUGGAUGGACUUAUUUAAUGGGAAUAGAACCAUUUGGUGUAUUAGCUGAAUUAACUGGUAGGAAAGGUGGUAAUGCGAAGGGUAAAGGUGGUUCCAUGCACAUGUAUUCUAAAAACUUCUAUGGUGGAAAUGGCAUUGUUGGAGCUCAAGUGCCACUAGGAGUUGGAAUUGCCUUUGCUAAAAAGUACAUGAAUACUGGAGGAGUAUGUGUAACGUUGUAUGGAGAUGGUGCAGCUAAUCAAGGACAAGUAUUUGAAGUAUACAACAUGGCUAAAUUGUGGGAUGUCCCUUGUAUUUUUGUUUGUGAAAAUAACGGGUACGGUAUGGGUACUAGCGUAGAACGUUCUUCUGCAAGUACAGAUUAUUACACAAGAGGAGACUUUAUCCCUGGAAUUUGGGUGGAUGGUAUGGAUGUACUGGCAAUGAGGGAAGCUACAAAAUUUGCUGUAGACUUUUGCACAUCUGGUAAAGGUCCUAUUAUUUUGGAAGCUGUAACUUAUAGAUAUAGUGGACACAGUAUGUCCGAUCCUGGAACGAGUUAUCGUACCAGAGAAGAAGUUCAAGAAGUAAGACAAACAAGAGAUCCUAUCACUGGUUUCAAAGAACGAGUAUUGAAUUCUAAUCUUAUUUCGCAAGAUGAAAUUAAGAAAAUUGAAAGUGAAAUAAAGAAACAAGUUGACGACGCCGUGAAAGCUGCGAAAGCAGAUACUGAAAUUCCAUUAAGCGAACUUACAGCCGAUAUUUAUGCCAAUUGCGCAGAAAAAGAGAUUCGAAACACAACUCCAUUUAAUCCCCUACCACAUACAAGGCUAGGUCCCGCUGUUAAUGCUUAAAAUACAAUUUUUAGAACAAAUUUAUAUUAAUAUUAUAUCAAAUUUUCAUUAUAGCGACACCUACCAUUGCAAGAUCUGUACAAAAGAUUGUUAGGGUAAAUACUCGAAAUUUAGGUUGAAAGGUAGCGGAUCGUCAAAAAAAUAAAUUUCGUUUAUUACGGUUGAGUUGUACAUACACAGAUUGUAUAUUUAUUUUAUUUAUAAAUGUAUAGUACCGUAAGGAAACGAUAUAAUGUUAUAGAUCAAUUAGUACAUAGUAAUAUUCACUGCCAUGUUGUAGUUGGUGAUCUUACGUGUACAUAUGAUUAGAAAUAGUAAAUUUAUCAAAGACACCUCAAAAGACAA